UGGGAAACGUUCGGCUUGGUGUUUCUUCCUGCGGCAGUGUGUUUUGCUCCAUAUCGUUGUCCCGCCAGGGAGCGGAGGUGGACGGGGAGGUGGGGCAGCGGGGCUGGGACAUCGCUCCCCGCCCCCCGGGGCUGCUCGCAGAGUGAGGAGGAGGCGGAAGUCGGAGCGGGCACGGUCGGAGCGGCGACACGGCCCGCCGACAUGGACUGGCUCGUCGCCUUCUUCUGCAGCGCUGCCCUGCCGUUUUGCGUUUAUGCUUCCUCCAGCAACUGUGACAGUGAGACCCAGUACUUAAAGGAUGGCCGGUGUUGCUUCAAAUGUGGUCCUGGUUCGUACAUGAAGAAGGAAUGCAAUAAAACAGAAUACCCCGCUUGUCAGCCUUGUGAAAAUGGCUUUUACCAGCGGGAGUGGAACAGGGAUGCUCACUGCAAAAAACACUCACCUUGUGAUUCUGGUGAAUUUGAAGUCAUAAAAACCGGUGACUCAGUCAAUGAUGUGGUGUGCUUGUGUAAAGAAGGGAAGCACUGCCCUAACAGAGACUGCGAGGUCUGCAGGGACGAUGACGUUUGUCUGCCAGGAUUUGGAGUCAAAACCCCAGGUGAUCGAAAAUACAAUGGAACAGUGUGUGAGAAAUGCAAAGAAGGAUUCUAUUCAAAUGUGUCGUCCUCCACCGACCCCUGCAAGAAAUGGAUGAGCUGUGCAGCACUCGGAUUGAUUGAAACCAAACCUGGCAGCUCAGAGGCCGACGUUGUAUGCAGCGUUCCGUUACAAGGUGAUGGAUGUUGCAAAGGUGCAGUUAUCCCCUUGGCUCUGAUUCUUGUCAUCUUCGUAGCUCUGUUUGUCUGCAGCCAGUUGGGUUAUCUGAACACUGUAAAGGAUGCCAUACGAAGGCGGAUGACGAGAGGAAAUGAAGAGGAGGACCCUGAGAAUGGAAUCCCCGAAGCCGAGCUGCUACAUGGUCUGCCCACACCAGAGAGUGGGCUGCACGCAGGGAUCCAGGAAGAGGGCAAGGACAGCCACCCCUCUGAGGAGGAGCAGAAUCAUGUUGCCACUCCGAUGGCGAGGGAAGACUUCAUGUGUGGACAGGAUGCUAACGGGAGUGCAGGAAGGCAGUGGAUAGGCAGAGAACUUGAAUUGUCGUGAAUCAGUGGCUGAAACAAUAUCCCUCAGACUUCAACAGGUUUCCCUUGAAAUAUUGUGGCUUUUGUUUUAAUCCAGAGCAUUUUAUUUUGCCUUCAACACAUUAUUUCUAUAAUGCUGUACCCAAUGAACCCCAUGCAGUAUAAUCACCAGUAAUGUUACUCAUUGGAUCAGCGUACUAAGGGAUUCCUUUUCUAAUAACAGCAUUGAACCUACAAAGUGGUCACUCUCGAUGCAGACAAGUCCACAGACAUUGAUUGUCCUGCUCUAAAGUCCUUUGUGCUGCAACUAUCCAUGACAAAUCUCUUCCAUUGACUGUUCAAGGUUCGUGCAGAGACUUGCCGAUUAGUGCUCGGGAAUGGGCUCAGCGGGGUUGGACCAAGUCCGGUUGUUGACCUCCACCUGAGGUAAGGUGUGUGUUGCAGGAAAGAGGUUUGAGCUCAUCAUCACAGUGAUCUCUCAACAUCUGUGGCUUGGGAUAAAGAUAUGGAAUGAACUGUCAGUGGCUGAGGUCUCAGAGAAGCCGCCAGUGGUCACAGGGCAUCGGCCAGUGCGAGACUGCCAGUGCUUCUUAGUCUCCUGAGGGACUGUGCUAGGUGGAGCUGUCCUCCAGCAAGGACUAAAUUCAGCAGGAGAGGAGGGGAGAACAAUACAGCUGGAACAAUGACAAGAACAUAACCCCAAAUCGGAUGAGAGUGAAGCCAUUCGAACUUCAUCGCUGUUCAUUGCAUUGAAACCACUUGCAAACUCACAUCUCUAUGAUUUCACUGGUUGAUUGGUUAAAUAAUUCACAAUAAUGGCAAUCUUCUUUUACAUAUCUCACUGAAGAUUUUUCAGCUGCUAUAAUGGAGGCGAUGACAUUAGUCUGAGUUUACUACAACUAUAAAUAGCAUGAUUUUGCAUUUUUUUUUGUUGGGGGAGCCACAUAGAAACAUUGAUCAAAGGCUCUUGUUACUGAGGCAGGUUGUGAGCUUGGAGCAGAGGGGCCGUGAGGUGUCUUGAGUGCAUCGUGGUCUGUUUAAGCUUCAAGCAUUAAACUGGUAUACCAAAACUAAAACCUUACUAAGUUAAAUAAACUUAAACUAAUUAGCUAGAAGACAAAUUGAAUUUAUUAAAUAAUUAAUUAAAUGAACAUUAAUUGAAUAAUCAAAGCAAGGAUGACAGCACAGGAGAUGGGUUCCACUUUUCAGAAUGUGGGUGUUUGAAGAUCCUGGGUACCCAAAUUUUCAGUGUCCGUGCUUUGAGGAGCUUGGGCUCAGAGAAGCUGAACUUGAGUCUGAAGUGCAGACGUUGUCAUGUAUCAGGGAUGGUGGGGUGUAACCUGGACACUUAGAGCCAAGGGCCAGUCACAUAGGUUAGGUUUGGUUCAUGCUACGUGACAGGAGUUUGUGAUGUGCUCAGCAGGCCAGUGAAGCAGAAGCAGUGCUGGGAGAGCUUCACCUAUGGCCGUUGUUUGAGAUCCUUAAGGUACUUGCUGUAUCUGGCCGAGAAUCACGAAUGCGAGGAAAAUGGACCAGCCAUGACCUGAAUGAAGAAGCAAACCCAAGAGGCAAGAUUGCCAACUCCUGCUCUGUUACUGGUGACUGAAAAGACCAUGGUGUGAUACAACAGGCACCAUGUUAAAGGAAUAAAAGAAGGAAGUGGUUGAGCAUAAUAUAUUCAGGAUGAUAGAUACUGGCCUCUGCAACAAUGGUCCAGGGUUGCAGCUGGAGCUGUGAUUGGAGAAAAAGGCUCCAUUUGUCAUUCAUGUUGGAAUCAAGGUGCAGGUCGAGCUAAAAUUUAGGCUCUGUUGUGGGAAUUUGAGGAGCUUUGGUACAAAUUUGAAAGCAAGGUAAUAAAUCUAUAGAUUAAUUGACAUUGACAAAGACUAGAGGUGUAAAUAUAAAGGCAGAGUGGGACAAGGUGCUUUAUUUACUGGGGCAUUGGGACAGACUCCUCUUAGACUGGACUGGGGCCAAUCUCCUGCAAAAUUGAAUUAAUCCAGAUUGGAGACAGGGCUCUAAACCAAAGGAAACUCAAGGGUGAAUAGGGGUAGAGUGAUAAAUCAGAAGCGAAGAGUCUGUAAGUGAAGUAAAGUCAAGCAAGUUAGAAAAGCCAAAGUGUUUUAACAACAUUAAUCAGAUAUUAAUGACAGAGGUCACAUGGAAAAAUAGUAAAAUUGGAAGCACUGCAUCUAAAUGUUUGAAGCAUUGUAAUCGAAUCUGCAAGGAGUCUUUGCAACUCCAACUUUGGCAGAGACUGCUGAGCUUGAGUCUGAAGUGCAAUCAUUGCAACAAGCCAGACAUCGGGGGCGUUUCAGUCUGAUGUAUAAAUGUCACUACCAGAGAUAAAUGAUAUUGAUUAAGUUGCCUUCACUGAUAUCUGGUUGCAGGGUGACCAAGGUGUGACUUCUAAAAAUGUAGAUAAACUGUAAAGAGCAUGGAGGUCGCCUUGACAACAAUGGAUAAAGUCAAGCCAUUGUGUGGAAUGGAUGGCUGGAAAAUUAAGUUGUAGAGUCAGUUAAGAGAAAAAAGACAGAAAAUGCUGGUGGGAAUAGUUGAUAGACACACUAAUAUAAUCAUUGCUUUAUACAAAGCAUAAAUCAGGAAAUUGGAGGGGCAUAUCAGAAAGAACAUAAUCUUGGGCAGCUUUAAACUUCACAAAGUCCAGACAAACCAAAUUAGCAAAAGGAGCUUGAAGAAAAGUUUAUGGAUUAGAGACAGUUCCCUCGAUCAACCAACCAAGGAGCAUGCUAUUUUGUGUGUUGACUAGGGUUAGUUUAAAAAAAAUCUUUAUAUAAAGAAUUAUCCUGGGAUCCUAAUAUAGUAGGUUUUCAUAUUAAAUUUGAUUGGCGUGGUUAAGCCAGUAACUAAGCUCUAAGUUCAAAAAAAGCCAGUAACGAAGUAACAAGGGUUGCCAGAGGUAGACUGGUGUAAUGUAUAUUUAGUCAUGUUGUUUUCUGACAUGCCGAUAUGCAUCUUCUUACUGUGGUCUUGAUUAGACAAGACAUUCUUGGUGCUGCCUGUGCAACAACAACGUAACAUUGUCACACACAGGCUGGAAUCUUCAGCCUGCACCAUGUCUUAAAGACUCAACAUGUGAAUAGUGUCUUUUUUUUUGUGUAGCCUUUUCAAUAAACCUUUACACUUCCUGGAUU